AUCCCGGAAGUGGCUCAGCCAGCAGGAGUGACAGUCAGGCCGCGGGCACGGUGUAUGGAGCGCAGGAUGAGCUGGGUAUUCCGGGGCCUUCACCCCCAGGAGGAGGAGGACGGGGGCAGCUGGCCCGGCCCGGGCUUCCACAGCUUCCCUUUUUUGCCAGGCCAUCCCCAGCUGAGUGAGCGGGUUCGAAAGCGACUUUACUAUGGCUGGGAGGGAGAUUGUCCCAUGGAAAAUCUGUCUAGCCCGGUGGCUGAUAUUGCAGUGGAACUGCUUCAGAAAGCUGCUCCCAGCCCUAUCCGUCGUUUGCAGAAGAAAUACGCGGCUCAUGUGUCGAGGGAAGCUUGUAUCUCUCCUUGCUCGAUGAUGCUGGCUUUGGUUUACAUUGAAAGACUUCGUCAUAAGAAUCCGGAAUACCUGCAGCAAAUUUCCUCAUCUGAUCUCUUCCUAAUAUCUAUGAUGGUUGCCAGCAAAUACCUGUAUGAUGAAGGUGAGGAAGAGGAGGUAUUUAAUGACGAGUGGGGUGCAGCUGGAAGACUGGAUGUGCAGACUGUUAACGCAUUGGAGAUGAACUUCCUCAGCGCAAUUGACUGGAGUUUAUAUACUCACCCCCGAGAGUUCUUUGAGGUGUUAAGGUGGCUGGAAGGAAGGGUGGCAGAGCAGCAGGGCAUGAAGCGAGGGUGGCUCACAUACACAGAUCUGUGUGUUCUCUUGGAGCAAGGCCUGUGGCAGAAAGUCUUCAGUGAUUUCUGUCAGCAAGUGACCAGGCUGGCUUGUAUCCUGGGCCUGGUCUAUUUGACGGGAGUUGCCACCUUGAUUGCAUCUAUCACUGUGUUGCAUAAAGCCACUGGCGAGAUAAAUGGCACAUCGCUGGUUCCUUCUGUUACAGAGCAGAGCCCGGAUGGAGUCUUCGUUCCUCUAAGCAUGCCAGCUACUACUCUAUCAGAGGAGCCUCUCAACCCAGCAACAUCCGCAACCCCGUGCUCCCUCGAAGAUGAGACCUUGGAGAGAAGGUCCGGAGUCACUGCAACAGCCUUGUAUCUGUGGGGCUCUGUGCUUACAGCACUAACCUACAGCAAUGAAGGUGACCUUGAUGGUGAGGAAUUCCGACCUCCUGACCGUCUUUGUCCUUCCUGCUCUAAACAAAGAUCAUCCACGUGGCCUCAGACCAGCAGCCAACACAACCACACAAAGUACAACUCAAACCAAAAUAUUCGUGCCUUUCCUGGACUAGAUUACUACAGCUUCCCUCAUACGAUCCUUUGUACAAGAUGCCCAAAUGCAUGUACAGUAACACAUCGUGGCUCUGUGCACCCAAAUGACUUAUCUGGCCCUCUGGAGCUGAAGCAGUUACGCUGUGCAGCAUCUGAUUUUGCCAGAUUAAAAACCUUUAUUGUGCCAGGAUAAUAAACACAAAAUGCAUCUUGGCUACAUGACACCAGCCUACUUUAUAAAGAGUGGCCAAGUCUGGGCUUUUAGGACUUUAUUUACACUUUAACCCCUUAAGGACCAAACUUCUGGAAUAAAAGGGAAUCAUGACAUGUCACACAUGUCAUGUGUCCUUAAGGGGUUAAGCUAGUAUACAUCUAUAUUUCAUUUUAUCAACCUCCUAUUAUUUUCUAUUACUCUAUAAGCUUAUCUUUAGUCACGUGGUGGAGGAUAUUCCACUUACCCUAUUCUGUGUUUAACUCUUUCACUAAGGAGAGAAUACAAAUCUACAAUUCAAAGGUUUAAGAGAAAUUUGAAUCAGGAUUUUGCUUUUGAUGCAGGUGCAGUCAUGAAAUAGUAAAAACCUUCCCACCCCCUACAAACACUGGUAUGCACACAUCUCACAAAACAGAUGUAAAAACAAACCUGCAAGUAUAAGAUUUAAUUUGUACAUUUUCUGGUUCCUCUGCUAGUACCAUCUACACCAGGGGCAUGCAACAUUCGUCACACUAGAUGUUGUGGACUACAACUCCCUUGAUGCUUUGCCAGCAUUAUGGGCUGUACAAGCAUUAUGGGAGAUGUAGUCCAAAACAUCUGGAGUGCCGAAGGUUGCCUGCCCCUGAUCUAGACACAAAGUACUGUUACCUUCUUGAGGCAGUCAGUCACAAAGUCAUUUACAUAUUUGUAAUGACAAACACUUUUACCAAAUAUGCUGCUUUACAGUAACUAUGGGUGAGUAGAAUCUGUGGAUCAUCCUUAAAAAGACGCUAUGCACCAUAAUCACUAAAGCUUAUUAUAGCAGUUAUGGUUAAAAAAAAAUAAUUCAGGAUUCUCCAGGGCAUCCAAAGCCCAGCUCUAUCAAAGUGUCACUUCUGUAUGAUAUGUUAACAUUUGGACGGCCAACUCGGUAAGCUGCUCACACCCCACCACUAAUCUUAAAAUACAUACAUACAGACAAUGAGAAACUGAUGUCAUAGAAUUCACAUUCACAAUGGCUGAACUGUAAAAAUGAUCAGUCAAAAAUAAUAAGUUUGCUAAGCCAAGUGCAAAAUUCACUUUGUGUUCUCAUUUUAGUGAGAAACCCUGAUUAUAUUGGAGGCAGCAGAGGAUCUGGACUUUUGAUGUUCGGAGACACGUAGUUUUCUUCAAACCGUUUGAUAAACUAGAGGGACUGCUAGCACAGAUACCCCACCAUAAUCACAGCGAUAGGCUUAGCGGGUUACUUUACCCAUUUUAUUUGGUACUCUGUCAAGUUGCAUUUAGAUUUGAUCCCUGAUUUAAAGAUUACAUCAAGUACUCUAAUUCAGAGGUGUAAGAUAUGAGUGGUUUACAGUUUAAACACAAAACCACUCCACAAAGGGUGACUUUAAACUAAAUAGAAUUAUAUAAUUGAACCCUGAUUUGUUUGAUUAUAUAUAUAGAAGAAUCAACCUUGGUAUUGUAAUUCUUUACUUAGUGUUGGGUUAACAUAGGGCAUGUGUGGCUUACACGGAGAAUUUAUUUUUCAGGCAAAUGAGAUUUUCACAAACUAUAUUUUUGAGCACUCCUACUUUGCAAUUUUAAGCCUGAACUACGACACAGAAUCCUGCUUACAUAUGAUACGACUGGUAUCUGUGUGGUUUAUUUUCAUAGCACGUCUAUUAGAAUACACCAUUUGGAGUUAUUUACACACAGCGCUGUAUGGCUUUACCCAUAUUGAAUACACAAUGAGCCAAUCCUAAAGAAUAUAAGAAAGUUACUGUAUUUGCUAGUUUAUAGUUUUCUGGUUUUUUUUUUACGAAUUCUGAAGCAAAACAAAUUUCACAUUUUACAUUUUGUUCACUGCAGAUUUUAACAGUGAAAUAUUAGUUUUUGGGGGUAAAUUUCACUCAAAUAUACAUUUCUAUUAGUAUACUCACAUUUUAUAAAUUAAAAUAUUUUAGAUUGUAUUGCAUACACCAUUUAUUAUUAGAACUAGUAUUUUGCCAAGGAUUCUGGGUACCAUAACUACACUAGCUGCGGAGAUGCUUUGAUUUGCUUAUCGUACAGAGUGAACUGUGGUAUUAAGAAAAUAUUAAUUUUUGAUACAAUUUAUUUUUGUGGCUUUGGAUUUGUGUUUUAUUGACUGGAGGGGAAAAACGUUUGACUCUUGUUAGCAUGACUGUCGAACUAUUGAAGGAAAGUGACACCAGGACUAUUAUGUUGAUGCCAAGGUCUGCUUUAGGAAAUUAUAAAUUUGCAAUAUAUGUCUUGUGCUAGGGGAAUGACCAACAAAUGUACAGAUUCAAUUAUAGGCUUACUUUUAUGCUUAGUCAUUUUCUCCCAUGACACGUAGUACACAUACCAUGUGGGAAGAUAUAGGGUAGAAAUGUAUGCCAACAUGUCCACGUAGACCACCACACUCAUAUUGUAUACCUGUUGGAUUGUUAAAAUACCCCCUGCAUCCAUGCAUGUUUCUUUAAUAAUCUUCCCAGCUGAUGAUACAAAUCAGUUUAGUUCAUGGACCACAAUGUGGUAAUUUGUUAAAAGUUUCUGAAGACUUUUGGAUGAUAAACUCUUAUUGCAGUAAGAAGUGAUCGCUAAUCCUGCACAUUGCAAUGGACGUUUGUAUUUGUUGUUUGGGCUAUAGCAAAUGGCCAGAAUGCAUCACAUAUGGGAAAUAAGGAGUUAAUAGGUUAUCGUCAUUGGAACUGUUUGUGAGGUGGAUGUUGAGUACCAUAGUACAGUAUGAGGGAUGUAAACCAGGGUGUUUGCAGAACAGUAUGUGCACUGUGUUGAAAUGAGAUAUCGCUACUCCAGUUACAAGAUCCUAAAGUGUUUUGACCACGGUUCCCCUUAGUGAUCGUUGGACUUGUUUACCUUUAAGAUAAGCCAGCCAGGCUGAAACUUAUUGGUAAUGUAACCUUGAGACGCCUGUAUUCUGUUGUGUACAGGACUGUAAUAACUAUGGUCGACAGCUGUGAGUUAACACUCACUCAAAGGGGAUUAUGAUGGCAGUGUCCGGUACCUAGAGCUGAAUGUUUAUAUCAUCAUAAGUAGUGAAAACCUAGAUCUGUAUGUAAAGUGUGGUCUUCUACGACCACGCUUUACAUGUGUUUAUGGAUAUGGUUAUCUCGGGUGGGCUUUCUACAAAAACGGGGGAGGGAGUAUGAGAAACAGAACAAGAUCUUCUAAGCAUUGGUCAGUUCUGCAGUCUAAGCUCCUGAAUCCUGUACAGAGUAUGCUAGGUUUUAUGUGAAGCAUGAUUCCAAA